GCUCUGGUCAUUUCACACACCGCUCUGGGAUAGGAAGGAGAGUUCUCCUCUUUUGUUUACUUUUCUUUCGUGUUAAGAGCCUACAGAUUGGGAGACUCAUUUAGACAGGCUGUCUCCGCUUCUCCGUGAAUUUUUUCUUUGACUUCUUAUCUAUCAGUGAGUGUGUGUUGUGGUUACUCAAGGCUCAGUGCCUGUGUCCAUUUCUUCAGGGGAACCUCGUGAAAACCAGGAGAUUCUGGUCCAGCAAUCCAACUGUGAAGAGAGAAGAAGAGUCAAAAAAGCCUUUUCAUCCCCAUCCAACCAUGUGUUUUUCCAACUACUGAGUUGGCACCUUCUCUUGACCGCAGGUGGCCUUUGCUUUUGCUCCCGCUGCCAUGAGGUUUGCCAGAGGUGGUUGGCAUUUGGCACUGCUGCUGGCGUCCGUUGGUCUGGUGAGUUCCGGAAACGGAACCGGUCAAGGGAGACGUGGGGGAGGCGAGAGGCGGAGGAAGCUUCACCGCGUGCAGCAAGGCCAGUGCAGCUACACCUUCAUCCUGCCGGAGAUGGAGAGCUGUCAGAGCGGAACCAGCGUGGUUCAGCGGGACUCCCCGCCGGCUGAUGGCGAGUGGCCCGUUCAGAAGCUGCAGCAUCUGGAGUCGGCCAUGGAAAACAACACGCAGUGGCUGCAGAAGUUAGAAAACUACAUCCAUCAAAAGACAGGGAUGGUGCAUUUUCAAGCUGAUGCAGUUCAUAACCAGGCGGCCACUAUGUUGGAGAUUGGCACCAACCUGCUCACCCAGACUGCAGAGCAAACCAGGAAACUCAAUGUGGUUGAAGCCAAGGUUAUGAACCAGACAUCAAGAAUUGCUAUUCAGUUAUUAGAGAAUUCACUAUCAACAAACAAACUGGAGAAGGAACUCUUAACACAGAUUUCAGAAAUCUCCAAACUUCGAGACAAGAACAGUUAUUUGGAGAGUAAAAUCUUAGUCCUGGAGUCGAAGCAGAGGACGGAGCUGGAGGACAUGAGGGAGGAGAAAGAGCGACUGCAGGACCUGGUAAAGAGACAGACAGCAGCCAUUACAGCUCUGGAGAGACAGCUGAGAGUGGCCAGCACCAACAACUCAGUCCUGCAGAGACAACAUCAGCAGCUCAUGAAGUCCGUACACACACUUAUUGGCAUGGUGUCUUCAGGGACAGGCUUCUCAUCAAAUGAGCAGCGUUUCAGAGACUGUGCCGAGGCCUAUAAAUCCGGUCACAACACCAGCGGAGUCUACCACAUUUACAUCGGAGACACGACCGAGCCAACCAAGGUCUUUUGUGAUAUGGUGACAAGCGGAGGUGGCUGGACGGUGUUCCAGCGCAGGGCCAAUGGAAGUGUGAGCUUCCAGAAAAGCUGGAAAGACUAUAAACUGGGAUUUGGCGAUCCUAGUGGAGAGCACUGGCUGGGUAAUGAAGCUGUUCACCUGAUCACCAGUCAAGCCCAGUACUCCCUCCGAGUGGAACUUAAGGACUGGGAAGCCAACGGCGCCUAUGCUCUGUAUGACAAAUUCCAGCUGGCCGGGGAAAAACAGCAGUACAGACUUUUGCUAGGGAGCUAUAGUGGAACAGCAGGACAGCAAAGUAGUUUAGCAUCAAACGACACAGGCUUCAGCACCCGGGACGCUGACAACGACAAGUGUGUUUGCAAGUGUGCCCUUUUGAUGACCGGAGGCUGGUGGUUUGAUGCUUGCGGUCUGUCCAAUCUCAAUGGAAUCUACUACACCGUGGGUGACAACUUCCGCAAACUCAAUGGCAUUAGGUGGCAUCACUUCCGAGGACCCAGCUAUUCGCUCCAGUACACUUCCAUGAUGAUCCGUCCAGCUGAUUUCUGAUUUCUGAUUCCGCUAGCUUGUCACACUGACAAUGACAGGACUUGAAAGUGGUCGCUUUGGACAUUAAAGCAACAAGGUGGAGACAAAUAACGAUAUAAUUUAAUGGAUGGACAGUGAUGUUUUUACUGCAAAUCCGAGAGUUGGAGUGGAGAAAAGUGAUCAGACUGAAAAAUCAUUACUAUUCCACAAUUUUCUUUUUUACACAUGCAAACACGCUUCCGCUUCACAUUUACUCUUGUCUGAAUUCAUGUGUGGCUUGUAACCUGAAACACUCGCAGUGAUGGUGACAGAAUGUGGGUCAUCGAUGAGGCAUGAUGUAAUUCCAAAGAAAAACCGUUUGACCUUAAUGAGUCUGGAACUGUACUAGACGUUCCAGAUGAAUAACCUUAAUUUCAAAGAGGUUGUAUUCUAUUUUGUAAAAGAUAAUAGCUGUUAGCGAGGCAGCUGACUAGUUACACUACCAAUCAAAAACUUGAGCUUGGUAAGAUUUUUGUAUGUUUUGAAAGAAGUCUCUUAUGGUCACCAAGUCUACAUUUAUUUGAUCAAAAAUACAGUAAAACAGAUUAAUUGCGAAAUAUUGUUAUAAUUUAAAAUAACUGUUAAAAUAUACUGUUUUUGUAUGAAUUUUCAGCAUUACUUCAGUUUUCAGUGUCAUAUGAUCCUUCAGAAAUCAUUGUAAUAUACUGAAUUGCUGCUCAAGAAACAAUUCUCAAUAUUAUCAAUGCUGACAAUUGUUGUGCUGCUUAACAUUUUUGGGGAAAUCGGAUACAUUUUUCCUUUCAGGAUUCUUUCAUAAACAGAAAAAUCAAAAGCAUUUAUUUAAAAUAGAAAAAUAUUUUAUAGCAUUAUAAAUGUCUUUUCAGUCUCUUUUAAUCAAUGUAAUGCAUCCUCGUUAAAUAAAAUUGUACAUUUCUUAAAAAAAAAAAAAAAUCUUACUGACCGCAAACUUUUAAAUGGUAGUAUGUAUCUUAGCAAGUCAGCAGGUGCGACUGACACAUUACAUACUUACAUGUAUAUUUUUAAUAACUGGAUAUUUUUUAUAUUUUGCAUCUCUUUCUUUUUUAUUAUUAUUUUUGUCAUUUUUAGGCCAGAAACAUACUCUGCACAAGCAUGUGAAUGCGAACGCUUCUCCAAUGUGUCAUAAUUCAUUUAAUGUGUGUCAUAUUCUUAACAUUGCUGUAGGGUGCUGUUAGUGGGGUUAAGCAUACUAUCUCAUUUAUGGUCUUGACGGAGCAACAUCUGAAAGGAAAUCUUGCUUUUGAAGGUAAUUCGGUUGCCUUCUUUAGUGCAUACAUUUCUUAAAACAUUUCAAAAACAAUGUGUUGCAUUUGCCCGCUUGCAUAAAGUGUGUUUCUGGGCUUAUAAAUGUUGUACUCUUGUGAUUUGUAUGUUUUGUGUGUAAAAAAAAAAUACUAUAUUUUGUUUACUAAUGUUUUUAAAUGUGUUCUUUGUGACCAGUUGUUUCUAUUUCAAAACUAUAUUGCCAUUUGUUUUAAAGAGGAUGCACUUUAAGGAGUACAGUAUGACAGUCAUGUGGUUACACAGCAGAUAUAUGCUUAUAUGAGUUGACUGUUCCUACAAUUGUACAAUAUGAACAAUUUGCUGUUGCUGCUGUGGUGUUAAUACUUUCUGACCAUGGACCUUUCAUCACAUAUUAUUAGAGUUUGAUAAUAAACCCUGCAGAUCAGUUCUGGAGGCAAACUGGAUAACAGCUUUUCAACAGUGGAGGUUUAUUUUACUAUUCUGAACCAAAAGUGGAAGACGCCAAAGGCUUUCCUGUCUUUUUGCGGUUGGAGCUUCCUAGUUCAUACAGUGUUUUUAUUUAACUGAAUCCCAGUUUUCUGCCAAGAACAGCAGGAGCGUAUGGAAGACAUUCUCUCUUGAUCAGUCUUUACUCACUUUGUAAAAACGUCAAUUUGUCAUGUCAGAUAUACAUUUUUUUAUUUGGUUUUGUUUUAAAGGGUCUUCAUGAGCAAUAAAGUGCUUCUUAUAUAGA